UUUCUUCCUCUUCUUCUUUCUCUCUUUCUUUUACUUCUCUCUCUCUCUCUCUCUCUCCCUUCUACUUCUGUCUUAUACUAAUUUCUUCCUACUUUCCUCUUUCUCCCUCCCUACCCCCCAUUCUUUAUCAUCUUAUCGCUUCACAGCUUUUCCAUCCUUCUCCCUUCCUCCCUUCCUUGAAGCUGGUUGUGUGGUGCGUUGACCUCGCUCUCGUGAGGCUGCAUCUCUGAUCAUUACGGAGGACUACAACACUAACGAACCUCUUUUUACCCGCUUUUUUCUUCCCACUAGCCGCAUCUUAUUUUCUCCCCCUUCGUCUUCCUGAGACUCCUUCGGUUUCGUUUAUUCUAUUUUCCUUCUCUCUCCAUUUUCUCCUUUCCUGGAGAAGCCGAAUUUUCAUCAACAAGAUAUGUCUGAAGUUCAAUCGAGGCCCUCUGCCUCUCGUGGCAGGGUAUCCGCCCGUGGUGGCCGUGGUGGUUACAGCUCCAGAGGUGGUCGAGGUGGAAGCAGAUCUGCAAAGACGGACAAUUCAGAGUUCGCUACAUACGAGGAUGAGGGAGAGCUGGGCCAGCUGAAGAAGAAAUACUCAGACACCCUGCCCAUGCUGAAGGAGUUGUUCCCUGACUGGACAGACGAGGACUUGGUUUCCGCCUUGGAAGACGCGGAUGGUGACCUGGAGCAGGCAAUUGAUCGCAUUAGUGAAGGCAAUGUCGCUCAGUGGGGAGAGGUAAAGAAGAAGACCACGGAUCGAACUCGUCCUAAGGCCAAGGAGGUUCAAAGCACCCCAGCAGAGCCAGUCGUACCCGCUGUGAGAGGAGGACGUGGACGUGGUGGAUUCGAGGGUCGUGGCCGCGCUCGUGGAGAUCGCGGUCGUGGCGGUCGGGGUGGCCGGGCAGGUGCUCACACCAAUGGAACACGCACAGAGAUCGCCCCUGUCACCGACUCGGCUGCAGCUCCUGCUCCUGCUGCUGCUGCUGCUGCACCAAAGGUUACCGCCACGGUUGACCCGGACACAACCGCUCCCGAGACGGUCGAACCUGCAAAGGAGGUUCCUCAGGCGACGCUGCCGGAGGGCACCAAGAAGGGCUGGGCUUCGUUGUUUGCCAAACCUGCAGUCCCUCCACCUCAGAAGAAACCUGCCGCUCCUGCUCCUGCUCCCGCCCCUGUCUCCGUCCCUGCUCCUGAACAGAUCACGGCCGAUCUUGCCCCAGAAACUAAACCAGCCGAACCCGAAGCCGCCCCGGCCCCCGCUCCGGUCUCCGUUCCUGUCCCCAUCCCCGUCCCCAUUCCUGCGGAAAAGGCUCCUGAACCCGUCAUUCCUCUCCAACCCGAAGUUCCCCAGGCUGUAACACCACCCCCAGCUGCAGUCGGACCCUCCAAGGAUGAUUUGACCAAGAACAACCUCGCCCAGAUCCCUGAUGUUUCUGCUCCCGCCCCCACCGCCACCGCUGCCAGCACUAUCGGCAGCGCCAUCGACCCCAGUGCUGCAGUCGCUUCGACCCCUGCUCGCCCCGCACCUGGUGUCUUCCCAACAAGCGCACUGAAGCAGAGUAUCCGUACCCCCGGAACCCAGCGCCGUGUGAUGGAACAGCAGGAGGCCGUGGUCAUGCCCGGAAACCAUGCCGUCGACCGUGCGGCGGUGCAAUUUGGUAGCAUGGGACUGAACGGCGAUGCUGCUGAUGUUGAUAUUGAUGAGAACCGUGAAGACACCGAAACGCGUGCCCAACCUCCUCAGCAUUCUCCCGUCGCACCCCGCGCUUCCUUGCCGCCCUCGACCCAGGCACAGGCCCCUACCGACACCCCCACCGUCGCUCGUCCCGCUCCCGGACUCCCCCCCGUCCCUCAGGUCUCUGCUGGCGAUAACACCUUUACCGACUUCACUCGCUACGCCGAAUCCCACAAGCCCUACGAUCCAUUCACCCAGCAGGUCACUCAGCCCCAGCCUCAGGUUGUUCAGGAACCCUUUGCAAAUCAAGCCCCUGUUCAGCCUACUGUCACCAGCGGCAGUGAAUACUCACCUUUCUACGCUGGCGACCAGCGUCUCCCUUACAACUACUACGGUACCUACGGCCAGUCCCAGGAUGCCUCCGUCGCGCAGCGUGCUGCUGCAGGAUUUGGUGUCUCUGGUGCUGAAGCACAACCCCAGGUCCCCACCUCUCAGCCUCCCAGUCGCUAUGGACAUGUUGAAGCCCCCAACAGCGGCCACACGACUCCUAACCCCACCCUCCCUGGAGCUACCCAGACCCCCGCCGCUCAGCACAUGCCUGGUCAAGGUGCUCACGGCUACGGCUACGGGUACCCAUACUACUCGAACCCCCAUUAUGCUUCGUACAUGAGCCAUCAGUAUGGCCGCAACCGCCCAAUGUACGAUGAUGCACGCCGAUAUGAUGAUCACUACAUGCCUCACAGCACCCAGUACGGCUAUGGUAGCCAGUACGGCCCAUACGGCGGCAAAGGAGGGAUGUACGGACAGCCCCACGGUUUCUCGUACGAUCACUCUUCGUCCCCCGCCACUGCUGGAAGCUUCAACCAAGCUGUGCCCGGACGUGACUCGGUCUACGGCCGCACCGGAUCAGCUCAGCCAUCUGAGAGCCAGCAGUCGGCCGCGGGCUCCACCGCCUUCGUAUCUGGUAUGUCGGAUGUCUUCAGCCGCUCCCAGGGUAGCUUUGGACAGAACCAGCCCAUCACUCAGCAACCCCCUGUGACUUCGGAGGAAACCAAGACCUUUGAAACUCCCAAGGCCGGCGGACCUAGUCCGUCGCUGGCACAGGCUAACCGCCCCGGCUCUGCGACCAACAGCGCUCCGGGCCAGCCUCAAACCCAGUCUGGUCUUCCUCCCCUGCAAGGCCAACAGGGUCAGCAGAGCUUCAGCGGCUAUCCCCAUCUGAACCCUCAGUACGGAGGUGGCUUGGGCGCCCUUAGUGGACAUCAGGGAGCAGCCAACCAGACCCACCACCAGGCAACCGGGUAUGGUAACUACGGCGGCGCUGGCUUCGCCAACUAUUACGGCAACACUGGACGUGGCGGUUGGGGUGGCAAUUACGGUCAUUAAAGGGAUUAUGGCGUUACAUUUUUCUGGGUGAUGACACUUCUUCUUCUUUUAAGGGCGGCAAACCCCUGGACUUUAAAAUCUUAUAUUUUCACUUUGUUGACGCUGUUUCCUUUUUACUUUUUCCGUCACUCUCAAACGUGUAAUCUCUACUCUCAAUGGGAGCUUGGCUGGUGUAUCUCCUUUGGACUUUUAUGUGUUUUCCAGGCUGGGUUGUGCUCAUGAUGUACUGAACGG